UAUGGUGGAAAAGAGAAAGGGAGUGAUGAUCAGUGUUUACGUGGAAUCAAAAACUCUCCGAUCUCAUCACAAAAUCCAUCGGAACAACAGAUUCCGAGGUGAUCGUCGUGCCCAACUCCUCUCAUAUACUCACAGUGCCCAUGCAAAACCCUUUCACAAUCUCACCCCUAAAUCAAAGAAGCGGAGAUUCGGAGACAGGAUAAGAAGAUUGUUUUGUGGAUUCUCUAGGGUGAAGAAGAGGCUAUGGAAGUAUGAAUCAAUUGAGGGUGAAGCCAAAUGGAGCUAUGGAAGAAUAGAUAAAUUUCAUCUUUGUAAGAAAUUGAAGUGCUUGUUAAAGAAAAUAUGUGGCGCUUGGAAAUGCAACAAUGGGACGAGUGAUUGUAUUUAAAUUGAAGGAUUUUUGAACAAUGAGUGUAUCUGAUUAUGUGAACAUGUUCAUUUCAUUUUAUCAGCGGCAAAUAGUAGCUAAUAUCAUGAACUUAUAGUAUGUUAUCAAGCUACUUCUGGCCAUCGUCGGGGCCGGUUCGCGUGGCUUUGCUUGCCUAUGCCUCCCGGAGGCCGGAGGUGGCAAGGUGAGCUUUGCUUCUUCCAACUGAUUGAUCUCGUUGAUGGCC